AUCUUUAUCUAUAUCUAAUAAUAAAUAAUAACCUAGAAUCUUGUUUAAAUUUUGUAAAUUUUAUAGUUGGAAAGGAAAUUCAUUAGACAUGUUGGGAGUCUAUAGUUUUUUACGAAAAUUAGCUUUUGUAAAAAUACCGCUCAAAUGCAACUCCAUAAAGACUGUGAAAAUGUGUACAAAACCUCUUGAUGUAAACACAAAUGUAACAAAAGAUGUAAUAUUGUACAAAUACCACAAUUCAAGAUAUUUUAAUUUAAUGAAUAUUUUUGCAAUAUGUCAGUUUGGUUUCUGGACCUAUUUGUCUGUUAUUUCUUUGAAAACAUUGAGAGAUGUUCCAGUACAAGAAACGGAUAGGGAAGAAAAGAGAUGGUGGGAAAAGAUAAACUUAGGAGAAAAUAAAUAUAGAAAUGGCAUAGCCGCAUUUUCAUUUCUUGUUGGAUUUGGAAUUCUUUCCUUCACUUGGCUGUACUCACUAAGAUCGGUAAAGUACCUGAUCCUUAGAAAGGGGGGUAAACAAAUCACAAUUGUCACUUACACACCAACUAUGAUAAACCGGAUGUUCACAGUAAAUCUGAGCGAUUUAAGUUCCAAAGAUACUAGACAAGCUGCUAAGUCACACAUUGCUCUUAAAGUGAAAGGACACUCUUUUUACUACCUGAUGGAUAUGAAAGGAGAAUUCCAAAAUCCUACUUUAUUCGACUACACAGCUGGCUUGAGCAGAAGUUGGAAAGUGUGAUUUUCAGUAUGAAAUAAAGUCUUAUUAUCUGGGCUCACUAUUGCUGUUUUUGAAGUAAUCUUAGAAGAAGGGUUUUCACUCUAAUUUAAUUUUUUGACUGUGUGUAUGUUAGAAUCUUCCAAUACCUGUUAUAUAAUGUUGCAUGUAUUUGCUAUGAAUCGCAAACAUUUCUAACAUUGAAUAUUGAAAAUUUCUAGAAAUUAGUCGACUUGUUUAACUAAACAAUCACUAAAAGAUGAUAGUCCAGUCAGUUUUAAUACAUACAAGUGAACCCAGGUAAGAAAACUUACCAAUAUGAAUUCAAUAGUGUUCAGUAUUUAUUUAUUUUUUGUUCAUUUACAUGUCCAAAGUUUCGAAAGGCAAACUCUUGAGUCUCUUAGACCAUUUUCUUUCAAGAUUGCAGCAUUCUUUUCUAAGUUUCUGUUGAAAUAUGUUUUCUCUCAGAGUUUUAUUAAAACAUUGGGAAUUA